CACAACUCUUCAUCUUUGCUUCCCCGUAAAUGCUUAGUCUUAGCACCAUUGCUUACCUAUACGUCAUUUUUACAAGACUCUGGUUUUGUGUUCAUAGUUGUACAGUUUAUAACAGUUACAAAUUUCUAAUAUUAUGAGGGAGAUAGACAGAUAGAGCGAGAGAGAGAGAGAGAGAGAGAUGGCCAUUUCUAGUUAUGCAUUCCAAGUGAACUGUUGUGUGCAAAAGCCUUCCAUCUCACACAGAUUUGAUCACUUCAAGACUUCAUUGUCCUCUUCUUUCAAGCCAUUCUUCAGAGAUUUUCCUGAAUUUCCCACGAAAAUCGACAUUGCUGAAACUGCCAAGAACACUUCUGUCAGAUUAAUUGAUGCCUUUGUUGAUUUGGUGUUCGAAUUCAACGACCAGCCAUUGCUCCCAUCUCAGAGUAACUUUGCUCCAGUUGAAGAGAUAGGAGAAGCAGUUCAUGUUACCGCCAUUGAAGGGAGAAUUCCACAUGAUUUUCCUAAGGGUGUUUACAUAAGAAAUGGCCCAAACCCCCUAUUCGGAGGAUUUAAAUCAACGAAGUCCAUGUUUGGUAGAUCAAGUCACAUAUGGGUUGAAGGAGAAGGAAUGCUUCAUGCUCUAUAUUUUAAUGAAGACAGAGAUGGCAAAUGGACAGUCCUCUACAACAACAGCCAUGUUCAAACAGAGACUUUCAAGUUAGAGAAACAAAGAAACAAACCCUCCUUUCUUCCUGCUAUCGAAGGCGAUUCGCCGGCUAUUUUGUCUGCUUAUCUGCUUAAUUUGAUGAGGUUUGGCAAAGUGAACAAAGACAUUAGCAAUACCAAUGUGUUUGAGCAUUCAGGGAAGUUCUAUACAAUUGCUGAGAACCACUUGCCUCAAGAAAUUGACAUCCUCACACUUGAAACUUUAGGCCAUUGGGAUGCCAAUGGAGCUUGGAAUCGACCAUUCACAAGUCACCCGAAGAAAGUUCCGGGUACAGGGGAGCUGGUUAUGAUAGGGGUUGAUGCAGUGAAACCUUUCCUUGAACUCGGUAUAAUCUCAGCCGAUGGAACGAAAUUAGUUCAUAAAGUUGAUCUCAAAUUCAAUAGGACUAGCCUUUGCCAUGAUAUAGGCAUUACACAGAGGUACAAUGUGAUCAUGGAUUUUCCUCUAACUGUAGACAUAAACCGAUUAAUCAGUGGAGGCCCAUUAAUAAAAUAUGAAAAGGAAGGAUAUGCAAGAAUUGGUGUCAUGCCUCGUUAUGGUGAUGCAAAUUCAAUCAAGUGGUUUGAAGUGGAACCAAGUAUCGUAUUUCACAUUAUCAACUGUUUUGAGGAUGGCGAUGAGGUUGUGCUUUGGGCAUGCAGAGCUCGUGGGUCAAUUAUUCCAGGGCCUGAUCUAGGCUUGAACAAAUUCGAGUGGUUCUCUAGGGGAUUUAAACCUCUAAAUUCAACUGAAGAAAAUAAUGAUAGUUCAGCACAAGAUUCAUUACUUUUUUCACGUUGUUAUGAAUGGAGACUGAACAUGAAAACCGGAGAGGUUAAGGGAAUGAAUCUCACUGGAACCGAGUCCUCCAUGGAUUUUCCUAUAAUAAAUGAAAAUUUCACAGGUUUAAAAAAUAAAUAUGGAUAUACCCAAGUUGUGGAUUCCACUGCAAGCUCUACUUCAGGCAUGGCUAAAUUUGGGGGACUAGCUAAGCUAUACCUUGAAGAAUCAGAACCCGGGUUUUCUUUGACAGAGAGAUGCGAAGAGUUUAUAAAGGUGGAGUAUCAUAAAUUUGAGGAAAACACUUUCUGUUCCGGGGCUGCAUUUGUCCCUAAACAUGAAGGAGGCAAAGAAGAUGAUGGUUGGAUCAUCACUUUUGUUCACAAUGAACAUACUGAUACAUCAUUUGUCUAUAUAAUUGAUACGAAGAAGUUUUGUAGUGAGCCGGUAGCCAAAAUUACACUACCAAGUAGAGUGCCUUAUGGUUUUCAUGGAGCUUUCAUGUCGAUACCUUUGCGACAUUAACAAGAUAUGAAAGAUUUAUGCAAACCAUAUAUAUAUAUUGAUAGCGGUGUAAAUCUUGCAUAUAUGUGUAUAUUGAUUUGGGAAGAUGUGGGUUGUUUUUCUUGUCUAUUUUGGGAAGAUGGUUAUAACAAAAGCUGUUUAUAAGCAACUUUUUUAUGAGAGAGGAAGUGGGUUAUAAUCUGGGAAGUGGAUUAAAUAGGCCGUUGAAUGUGAAAGAAAUCAUGUAAAGGAGUUCAGAUUUUCUAAUGGCAAUAGUUCAAUUUUUUGUAUUUCG